AUGCCUUAUCGACCCCCUCCCUCCGAGAAUUCUGACUCAGACAUGGAACAUUCAAGGUAUGUCUCGAACCCAGAGAGAGCGGUAUCAAAACACGCCAUGGAAGACGCACGCCGUGCACCAAAAAGCAUGGCACAGUGCAAGGGAAAGAAGCCCAGGAAGGACACAUCGAAACGUGACGACCAAGAUAUUUACAAGAGCACCGCGCGCUGGAUUUCACGUGGGAUCACUCUGUACGAUGAUCUCCAUGAUGUUUUCCACGUCGGUAUGCGCAUACAACUCGGGCACGCUGGCACAUCAAACUCAGAUGACGAGACCGAUGGCAGAGUUUCUGCUCAUGAUCUUCGCGUGCAAAAGGACCAGAAGAAGCUAUACUUGAAGAUCUUCAAACAGGUUCUCGACCUCGUUCCUGGUUUCUCUGUCAAGGUUGAGUCUGAAGGUAACAAAGACUCUUUUCUUGCAUUGCUUGAUAUGAUGAUCAAAAGCAGCUCCAAUGCUCGCGCGGUGGACACGACACACAUGAAGAAGUUUGUUGCUCAUUACGCGCCACUUGAUCUGGUCACGCAGCCGUUGAAACCGGCACUCGUGCUGGCCAACAAAUGCGAUCGUGGGUUUUCGCAUCCGAUGCUCGCGCGUCUUCUGUGCCCCAACAAGUAUCUUGCAAGCUUUGACAAGGAUUUCACUGGCACCUGGAACAAGCUCAAGAACAACGAGCUUAAGGUCUUGGCCAAGCAUUGGCCCGCCUUCGUAUACAAGGACUACCAGUACGACCCAAGCGACCGCGAGAAGGGAUUAUUCCGCGGUCACCUCCUUAUCUGCGCAUGGCGCGCUAUAUACAUAGGCCCGUCAGCAGCAAGGCUAGGCCCUGACAGCAAGAUAGCUCGCACAAAGAGCGGCAACGCAAAACUGCACGGCGCUAACGUCGUAACACCGCAGACUAUUGCGUAUGCCGCUUGCCAGGCACGCUUCGCUAUCAGUUCCAUCGAGAUGUGGAGCCCGGACGACGGCACAUUCAACUAUCCAAUCUUUUACAGGCGGAUUGUGGAGCUUUUUGAAAGGUACCAAGCUGAUAAGUGGACAAAGGACACCCUUGCAUGGUGGAACAAGACGGUCUUUGGGGAUGAAUCAGGACGUGCAAUGCCCAAUUCAGGAGGUGAAAGCGACACAGACGGGUCCGACAGCGAAUGGGAAGCCCUGCACACAUUGCGCUGCGAACGCCGUGCGAUAGAAGAAGAAAAAUCUGCACAGGCCGCCAGUCUGGACACCGGCGCGCGAAUUUCUGCUGCACCUUUGUUGGGCGCGGCACUUGAAGCUAGCAACCCGACUCCAGCGGCCCUGAACAUGCUCGCAACAACAGCUUCUCGCAUGAAUGCCCCCGGCGCCGACGACACAGACCACACAAUAACGACUGGCUCAUCCAGUCUGCCGCCUCUCAGACAACUUGCCACCCAGUCCUCUCGUCAUGGUCAAAGUAACCGGCACAUGUUGUGGCACAUCCUGGACGAAGACGAGGACGAAGAUGAAGACAUGUACCUGGAUGGUAGGCCCCGUGGCAGCUCGUCCAACAGUUGCAUGCACGAUGGGGAAGACGGCACUACACGCCAAUCGCGCAAGCGCAAGACGCUUGUGGACGACGACUCUGACACUGCUAACAACGACACCGGCAGUGUUGCCCAUCGCUCACGCAACCCCAGACGUCUUGUUGAGGGGGACGACGAGCACGAGCACGACAACCACGACGACGACAACCACGACGACAUGGCGCCGCAAUUGCGCAAGCGCACGGCCUCGCGCGCUCAGUACGAUGACGAUAGUAGCCGCACCUCGAAAGCACGCAAGGCCAAGAUGAACGCUGGCGCUACGUCGACUUCCAAGGGCAAGGGGAGGUCUUAG